AUGGCCGACGAUAAGUCGCCCGCGCUACAGUACACUGGCUCCCCCGAGCAGUCACUCGAGGGCCACUCUGCCCAGCACGACCACAACGACCACCACGAGGUAGUCCUGCCCACCGGCUGGAGAUACAAGAGCUUCAAAUUCGGCCCCCUCACCCUCCCCUGGUAUGCCAGUCCGGAGUUCCAGGUCACCCUCGUGGCCUUUGUUUGUUUCUUGUGUCCCGGCAUGUUCAACGCCGUCAACGGCCUGGGCGGCGGCGGACAAUUCAACCCGGAGGCCAGCGAUGAUUCCAACGUCGCCGUCUACGCCACCUUUGCCGUCUUUGGCUUCUUCGCCGGCACCAUCGUCAACAACCUCGGCGUCCGUUACUCUCUGGGCUUCGCCGGCUUUGGCUAUGCCCUGUACGUCUCCGGCUAUCUCUGCUACAGCUACACGGCCAACUUUGGCUACGUCGUCUUCACCGGCGCCAUGCUAGGCGUCUGUGCCGGCAUUCUCUGGUCUGCACAGGGCGUCGUCAUGCUCUCCUACCCGCCCGAGAACAAGAAGGGUCGCUUCAUCGCCCUCUUCUGGAUCAUCUUCAACCUGGGUGGUGUCAUUGGAGCUUUGGUCCCACUCGGGCAGAACAUUCACGUCACCCACAAGGGCUCCGUCACUCCCGGCACUUAUAUCGGAUUCCUCGUCCUCUGUACCUGCGGUGCUCUCCUCGGUUUCACCCUCUGCCGAGCCUCCAACGUCAUUCGCCGCGAUGGGUCCAAGGUCAUCCUCAUGCGCCACCCAACCGUCAAGUCUGAGUUCCUGGGCCUGUUUGAAACACUCAAGUCCGACCCGUAUAUUGUUCUCCUCUUUCCCAUGUUCUUCGCUUCCAACUGGUUCUACACUUACCAGUUCAACGCCUUCAACGCGCCAAAAUUCGACGUGCGAACUCGCGCGCUGAACAAUGUUCUCUAUUGGAGCGCGCAAAUGGUGGGCGCUGGCAUCUUCGGCCUCCUCCUCGACCUCAAGUACUUCCGACGCAGCACCCGAGCCCGAGCCGCGUGGGUGGCCUUGCUCGUCCUCACGCUAGCCAUCUGGGGCGGCGGCUACGCCUUCCAGACCUACACCCGCUCCGACCUGGGCACGAUAUACGACUGGACCACCGAUGGCUAUGUCGGGCCCAUGUUCCUCUACAUCUUUUACGGCAUGUACGACGCGAUCUGGCAAACGUGCAUUUAUUGGUUCAUGGGUGCUCUCACCAACAGUGGACGUAAACUUGCCUAUUUUGCCGGCUUCUACAAGGGCCUGCAGUCUACCGGCGCGGCCAUCAUCUUCCGCCUUGACGGCCUCCACACUCCAUACAUCAACGAGUUCGCCUCCUCCUGGGGCUUACUCCUCGGCGGGCUCCUCUUCGCCCUUCCCGUCAUCGUGAUGAAGAUUAAAGACACCACGCCUUUGCAGCAGGACCUCAAGCUCACCGAUGCCACGGUUGCGGAUGUCUUGCCUCCCGAAAACUUUGCCGACACCGAGGUGGGCGCCGAAAAGGCAUAG